AUGGCGGAAAAGAUGACAACCGAAGCAGAGGAGCUCGAAAAAGAUGGUCCACAACAAAUUCAGAUAUUGCGAGGAGGAGAUAAUUCCAACUACAUGUUCGUGGGAAGGGUAGCCAAAAAAUCAGAAGAUGUAAUUGCUCUGAAGGGCAAAGGAGACUUUAAGGAUGUGGUUGAGGGGACACUUCCAGAACAAGUGGUUGCAAGAAAUUAUACACCAACCGUUGGCACUGCAACUACCUUAGACGAGGUAUGGAGCUGUCUCAGGGGGUUUGCGGCUUCACCUAAUUUUGAUAUUGUGAUUUGGGCUGUGGUUUCCAAAGAUGUGAAACUUGAGAAGGUUCAAGAACAGAUUUGGAAAACGAUUGGCUUUUUUGGUAAGAAAUGGGAAAGAAAAAGCCUUUGUGAGAAAGUGGAUGACAUAUUGCGUAUAUUGAGUACAAAGAAGUUUUUAUUAUUGUUGGAUGACAUAUGGCAACGAGUCAACCUUGAAAAGAUUGGGGUUCCUCUAACUACAAGACAAAACGGGUCAAGAUAG